CACUGCUUUCGCCAAAUUGCUUGCUUUGUCAUGCGGCGGCACCUCUCCACCGGGGCCAUGUCUUCCUCUGCCCCUUAUUCGUCGUUCCUACCAGGUAAAAACCCUAGCUCGAUCCGCCUCACGCAUCAGCGGCGACUCAGUGGUGUUCGUUUCUCUUUUCCCACCCGUUUCGUCGUCAUCGGUUCUUCCGUACGCUACCUUGCCUCCUUCUCACCGGCCGAGCGAAUCAAAGUCCACAACCCUAUCGUUGAGAUGGAUGGUGAUGAGAUGACGAGGGUCAUCUGGAGGAUGAUCAAAGAAAAGCUAAUUUUUCCAUUUCUCGAAUUGGACAUCAAGUACUUCGAUCUGGGCCUCUUGAGUCGUGAUGCCACCGACGAUCGGGUAACCAUUGAAAGUGCCGAGGCAACUCUCAAGCACAAUGUUGUUGUGAAAUGUGCAACAAUUACACCUGGUAGAUAAUUUGAUGCUCUUUUUUAUUGCUUUAUAAGAAUGAGGUGAUAUCCAAUGAUGAGAUGAUAUCCAGGAUCAUCUCAUGUGAAAUAUUUACCUGUUCUGGUUUCAUCUUCCUUGUUUCUAGCUUUUAGAAAUACUUAGCGUUGGAGGUUAUUUGCUAAAAAAAAGAAAAAGAUCCGUUAUGGCUUUUCAUCCAUUCAUUUUUGCAAAUGUAUAUAAGAACAAGUUUUUGAUAAGUUAUUUAGAGCUUGGGAGGUUCUAUUGUGCUUCAUCUGAAAUCAAUUAAAAGGGAAAAGCAAAAUCAGAAGGUUGUAUUGAUAUUUACCAUGUGUAGAAGGGCUAGAGAAGGGACAUUGGUCUAGAUUGCUUACAUUUGUUUACAGCUUAGGUUGAGGAGUCUAUGUAGUCAUUACACAUGACAGGCUUAUGUGUGAUUACUAGGAAAUUUAUAAGUAUAGAACUGACGAGCAUGGUUUAAAGAUGAUGAUUGUAGUUAUAGGUUUGCAAACAACGAUAUACUACUGUUCUGUGAAAUGAAGUUUAAAAUGUAGGGUUGUAGAGGACAUAAACUGUUUUUCAAUAAUUAAUAUAAUUUGAGGAUAACAAAAGCACUGGGGUGAACACUCAUUGCACCAUGUAGUCCUUAGUUUGUGCAGCUCCUCUGAAAUGUAUAAAUUGAGGAUUAUACUCUUUGGUUUUUAAAGGGAAUUAAAAAAAAAGAAAUGUAUAAAUUGAGGGUAAGGAUGCCUCCACAAAAACCCAACAGACAUGCAGAAUUAUUUUACUCUUUCUUGUCUAGUGUGGAUUUUUUAGCAAGCAUUUUUGGCCAACAAUGUUUUGGUGUCAUUUGUUUUAUAUGGAUUUAAUAUGACUCUCAUUUGACCUGCAGAUGAAGCUAGAGUUAAAGAGUUUAAGCUCAAAUCUAUGUGGAG